AUGGAAUACCACUGGAUACUACUGUCUGUAUUUUUACAGUUAACCUUCCAUCCAGGCAACGCAAACCCCACUAUCACCCCUGCCGGCCCCCACCUUGUCGUCCAGCUCAACGCACCCUUCAGCCUGCGUUGCCAGGGUGAGAAGGACAUGCAUUGGGAGCGGGAGGACCGGCUGAAGGUGCGGGGAGAGAGCAAAACUGUCGGGAUGUCCACUCUGCGCAUCAACAGGGCUCAGCCUAUUCACUUGGGCCGCUACAUCUGCCUGGAGGAGAGCUCCGGGGAGAACGCAUCCAUCUACAUCUUUGUGAAAGAUCCUGACAAUCCGUUCAGAAAAUCAAUGGUGCGAAACAUUCUUACUCGAGUAGGAGAAGCUGCUUCCAUCCCCUGCCUGGCAACUGAUCCAAGUCUGGUCAACCUGCGCCUGGAAACGUGUGCCAGUAGAGCUCUGGCCUCUGGUCUCCAGUACUCUGCAAGCCUGGAGCAAGGCAUCAUCAUCCACAACACACAAAAGGCCUAUGAAGGAUGCUAUGUGUGCACAGGAAUGCUCAGGGAAGAGCACGUCAGAUCACGUGACUAUCAUCUGACAGCGAAACCAGUCCCUGUUGCUCCUCCUGUGAUUGAGAUGCAGGCGCCCAAAAGAGUGAUUCUCACCUGGGAUGAGAGUCUCUUACUCACCUGCAACACCACAAACGUCAAUGGAGAAAUUAAGCUGAAGUGGGUCCCCCCACCUGGCUCGGGUGCCGUCUGGUAUCCACAGCAACCACCAAAGGUUGACGGUGCUUCACGUAUCCUGACCGAGGACUUCACUCACAUGCGCAGUACCACGUUGCACAUAGCAGCGGUCCGACCACAGGAUGCCGGGAUGUACGAGUGUGAAGCCGAGAACGAGAAAGGGGUCAGCAGGAAGUCGGUGCGGCUUGAUGUUUAUGAAAAAGGAUUCAUCAAGUUAACAACCAUAAAGAACAGGACCAUCCAUGUCCGUUCAGGAGAGAGCUUGUCCCUUAAUGUUGACAUGGAAGCUUACCCAAAGCCGCGCAUCACCUCCUGGAGCUUCAUGGGCCACGCGCUGAGGAACACAACCGACCAUGUCAUCACCACACACAGUCAUGAGUACAGGUACAGCAGCGAGCUGAGAUUGGUGCGACUGAAAAUGUCAGAAGGUGGAGUUUACACCUUUCAAGCUUCCAAUGGUGACGCAUCAGUAAACCAGACAUUCACCAUCUUUGUAAUCAGUAAACCUGAAAUUGUGUCGCAUGAGGGCCCGGUGGAUGGACAGGUACGCUGUGUGGCGGAGGGGUUCCCUGCCCCACAGAUCACCUGGUACUACUGUGAGCAGCCCUAUGUCAGGUGUUCCCAACAGGUGAAUGCCACCCAGGAGGAGCACAAUAUCAUCACUGUGACACUGUUCAGUCCCAUGUUUGGAAAGACGGAGGUGGAGAGUCGGGUGAACGUCAGCAGGGGACGGUUCAAUACCCUGGAAUGUGUGGCCACAGUGGAAGGAGAGCAGGCCUACACACUAUUCUCUAUCAGUGAGAGAACUGUUCCUCAUGAUCUGUUCACCCCUCUGCUAAUUGGCUCCGUAUCAGCAGCAGCCAUCCUCUGUCUUGUCCUCAUCAUGCUGUUGUACAAGUACAUGCAGAAACCCAAAUACCAGAUACAGUGGAAAGUUAUCGAAGGCAUCCAUGGAAAUAACUAUGUGUACAUUGACCCCACCCAGUUACCGUAUGAUCACCAGUGGGAGUUCCCUCGAAACAACUUGCGUUUUGGGAAGACACUGGGAUCUGGUGCAUUUGGAAAAGUGGUAGAAGCAACUGCAUAUGGACUGUCCAAAGCAGAUUCAGUCAUGACGGUGGCUGUGAAAAUGCUCAAAUCAAGCGCUCAUGCCACAGAGAAAGAGGCACUGAUGUCAGAGCUGAAAGUCCUCAGUUACUUGGGAAACCACAUGAAUAUUGUCAACCUGCUGGGAGCCUGCACUGUUGGAGGCCCUACACUGGUGAUCACGGAGUACUGCUGCUUCGGAGACCUCCUUAACUUUCUACGCCGAAAGAGAGAAUCCUUCAUCUGCUAUAAGCUUGAGGAAGACUGCUACUACCGCAACGUCAUGCCGCAGAGGGACGCAGCUGGUGACAGCUUGAACGGCUACAUGACCAUGAGGCCUUCUGCUGCUGGCAACCUGCCAUUCAGCUCAUCCUCUGAGAAGAGACGCUCACUACGCAAAGGUGGUUCUUACACUGAAGCAGAUGUGGAGAGUGAAAUGUUUAACGAAGACGGUCUGUCUCUAGACACUGAAGACCUUCUCAGCUUCUCCUACCAAGUGGCCAAAGGCAUGGAGUUCUUAGCCUCCAAAAACUGCAUCCACAGAGAUCUAGCAGCCAGAAAUAUCCUCCUGACUCAAGGAAGAGUGGCAAAGAUCUGUGAUUUUGGUCUGGCACGGGACAUCACCACAGACUCCAACUAUGUAGUCAAAGGCAAUGCUCGUCUGCCAGUGAAAUGGAUGUCUCCAGAAAGUAUCUUUGAGUGUGUGUAUACGUUUGAGAGUGAUGUGUGGUCCUACGGCAUCUUGCUCUGGGAGAUCUUUUCACUAGGAAAUAGUCCUUAUCCUGGUAUGCCUGUGGAUGCCAAGUUCUACAAACUGAUAAAAGAAGGAUACAGACUGGAUGCGCCAGACUUUGCACCCAGUGAAAUGUAUCAGAUUAUGCGGUCCUGCUGGGAUGCUGACCCCUUCAAGAGACCCCCCUUCAGGAAGGUCGUGGAAAGGAUUGAACAACAGUUGUCAGAUGCCACUAAGCAUAUUUAUCUCAACUUCAGCUCCAAGCUUCCAAUGACGCCAGGAGCCAGGGAGGAGCCGAGUUCUCAGAGCGCAGCGCUUCACCUCAAUUCAGUCAGCAGUCACAGCGCUCAAUCCCAGCCCUUACUGGUCCAACACGAGGUCUACCUGGAGGGGACAACCCUCAGAGCCCAAUGGGUGUAAGGACCCACCCGAUCUGUCUGGCUGCCUCAUAAAGUGCCUGGAAUGUUCCGCCACAAACCACCCAACACUACACCCGUCCCGCCCGUCCCUGGUACCAAUGGCAUUUGUUGUCACGUGUCGCAGACAGAAUGGUCAUUGCCAUUUGCUACCAGAAGAACAACAAAGGAAAACUGGCUGUUUAUCAUUUCUAUCACUAUU